AUGGAGAUCAGUGGUAGUAGCAAGAAGAGGAAAAUAAUUUGCUGUGAUGAAGAGGAUGAAGAAAAACAAAAGGAAGACGAAGCGAAAAUGGAGACUUUCUUUGCUCUAGUGAGAAGCAUGCGCAAGACACGUGACAGAUGGAAGAACAAAAUGAACGGAGAUAUAAAGGGACAAAAUGGAGUUGUUGCUGCUGUUUGGAAACCUACGUUUCAACUAGAAGAUUUUGCAGAAGAGGGUGCUGAUCACAGUGAUCAUUGCCGAAACCGAGACGCUAGGGUUGGCAUAUUCGAAGGUGUGUCUACAAAGAGCAAUAAUAAGGAAGAUGAUGCAGAAAAGGAUAUUGACUUGAACUUGAAGCUUUCACUUUGA